GAGAUGGGUGUGUGUAUGUUAGGGGUUGUACACAGUGGGAGGAGAUAAAUUAGAGGGUGUGGCGUUUUGCAUAUAACCCCCUGUUUGUCUGCCCAGCCCUCACUCCUUCGCUUCACUUGCUUUCCCUUAUUCCUUGUUGUGAACUCCACAGAAUCCAAGUCAACAUGUCUGCUUCAGACCUUCAGAAGUCAAUGGCAACGCUUAUUGCAGUUUUUUAUAAAUACUCUGGAAAGGAAGGAGACAAAAAAAACCUGUCCAAAGGAGAGCUUAAGGAGUUGCUUACUAAAGAGAUGGGUGACAUAUUGGGGAAAUCCUCUAACCAGGCUGAACUCGACAAGAUCUUUCAGGAUCUGGAUGCCAAUAAAGAUGGAUGUGUGGACUUCCAGGAGUAUGUCACCCUGUGUGCUUGCAUCACCAUGCUGUGCAAUGAAUUUUUCCAAAAAUAGUGACUCAUUAAUCUUUAACCUUUUACUUAUUAACAAAAGGUUAUGUAUGUGAUAAAAAUAAAAUGUUGUUUUGAAAACAAA